AUGGCAUCCUGGGAGUUCACUGUCAAGCACGACAUCUUGGCAACACCAGACCGAAUAUUCCAAGUCUGGACAGACGGUAACGACAGCCGUGGACCAUGGGUCGGUGACGGGGAGAGGCAGGUUGAUCCUCGAGAAGGAGGCGACUUCUUUUGGAACGACCACAACUUUUCUGACCUAGGUGGUGGGGGUGGAUCUUGGGGUCACUGGGGGAGGUUUACCAAGAUCAAUAACACGAUGCUACCCUACAAUAUCGAGUAUACAUGGAAAUCACAAUGGACGGAUCAAUAUGAGACGAAAGUUCUCGUCUCACUAGAUGUCGACAAGACCGAUGAGAGAUUCACUGAAGUCACCCUCUCAAUGACUGGUCUGCCUGACAAUCGCCAUGGUUAUGAACACAAGAACGCAUGGAUUCGCAUACUGGGAGAGAUGGGAGCUAAAUUCUGGGGAAACGCUAACGAGAAGGAUAACCGUCCGAAGGUUCUGCAUUGA